ACCUGCCUUUCCACGGUUUCGGCCGGUGUGUUCGCACACAGCUUGAGUUUACUCCUCGGAUCACGAGCUCAAACAUUUACUAAGAUGCCUCCCAAAAAGCCAGAAGCCCCCAAACCACCCCCUUUAAUCGGACGGUUCGGGACCUCUCUGAAGGUUGCCAUCGUCGGAUUACCUAACGUUGGGAAAUCCACCUUUUUCAAUGUCCUAACCAAAAGCCAAGCCUCUGCUGAGAAUUUCCCUUACUGCACAAUCGAUCCCAACGAGAGCAGAGUGCCUGUGCCAGAUGAUCGCUUUGACUUCCUCUGCCAGUACCACAAGCCUGCCAGUAAGAUACCAGCUUUCUUGAACGUGGUGGACGUUGCGGGGCUAGUGAAGGGGGCUCACACCGGACAGGGUUUGGGGAAUGCCUUCCUUUCCCACAUCAGCGCCUGUGACGGCAUCUUCCACAUGACGCGUGCGUUUGAUGAUGAGGACAUCGUCCACGUGGAGGGAAACGUAGACCCUGUCAGAGACAUUGAGAUCAUCCACGAGGAGCUCAGGCUGAAGGACGAGGAGAUGAUCGCUUUCGUCAUCGAUAAGCUGGAGAAGGUGGCUGUACGAGGAGCGGACAAGAAACUUAAACCGGAAUAUGACAUCAUGGUGAAGAUAAAGAACUGGGUGGUGGAGGAUAAGAAACACAUCCGGUUUUACCAUGAGUGGAAUGACAAAGAGAUUGAGGUUCUAAACAAGCACCUCUUCCUCACAUCCAAACCUAUGAUUUAUCUGGUCAAUCUGUCAGAGAAAGACUAUAUCAGGAAAAAGAACAAGUGGUUGGCUAAAAUCAAGGAGUGGGUAGACGCCCAUGAUCCUGGAGCCAUGGUCAUCCCCGUGAGUGGAGCACUGGAGUCUAAACUGCAGGACAUGGAGGAGGACGAGAGGAACAAGUACUGCGAGGAACAGAAGACACAGAGUGUAUUGACCAAAAUAAUAAAGACGGGUUAUGCAGCGCUCCAGCUGGAAUACUUUUUCACAGCGGGACCAGAUGAGGUGAAAGCAUGGACCAUCAGGAAAGGAACCAGAGCCCCUCAAGCAGCAGGAAAAAUUCACACAGACUUUGAGAAAGGCUUUAUCAUGGCUGAGGUGAUGAAGUACAGUGACUUUAAAGAGGAGGGCAGUGAAAGUGCAGUAAAGGCUGCAGGAAAAUACAGGCAACAAGGACGGAACUACAUUGUGGAGGAUGGGGACAUUAUCUUUUUCAAAUUCAACACGCCUAACGCACCCAAGAAGAAAUAAUUAGCAGACAUGUUGCCAAAAGGAAGAGGUCAGAAUACAGACUCUAGCUCCAGCGUUGCUUUAUGCUUUUCACCUUUAAACCAAUGGAUGAAGCCUAGCAUAUUGCCCCCUAGGCUGCCAGAUUCGGACCACUCACCACAUUCCUGUCUGCCGUUUAUUUGCUAUUCUGGUGAAGAUGGGUAUUUUCUUGCAAAAGGAAAAUAUAUGUUAAAUAUCGUUAAGCUGACAUUACACAGUGGGUUUGUGUAUGCACUAUUACUAAAUUAAGUAACAAUUAAAUUCCUAGUAGGCAUGUUUCCAAUUGUCUGCUAAACUGAACACUUUAUAAUGAAAUAGAGCCUGUUCAAUUACAUUCUAGUUUUUACCACAUGUAAAUGCUAUGGUUUUGACUCUGCUUUAAAGUUUGUAUUUUGGCCAGCUGUGCUCACAGAAAAGGGUCCAAAUGUCACAUCCAGAAUAAUGUGUCAAUAAAAGAACAGUGUAAUCACUUU